CUUCCGCUCCCACGUCGCGUCAUUUCCGCCACGGGGCCCUUUAGCCAAUCAGGACCGGGGAGGGCGUGGCCUGUGCGAAAAUCGAAGCGCGGCUUGACCUUUGGUGGCCGGGACUGUGUUUUCCCCGGGAAGGGAACCCGCUGCUUCCGGGGCUCGGGAGCUUGCGGGGCGUCACUUUCCUACCAGGCUUCCUUUCUGAGGGGGACAUUUGAUUAGGUCCUCGUCGGUAAGAAGAGGUGAAAUUGAAAUUGAGUCAAUUUUAUCAAAGUGUGUGGAAGAAAUCCAGGACCUCAGAAUUAACUGGCUGAAGUACUCUGCAUUCAUCAAACCAAGAAUAAGAGUAGGAAAGGACCUUUUUUCCUGCAGAAAAUCACGAUGGCAGCAGAAGAACAACAGCAGCCAUGGAAAACAGACUUUUACUUGGAAUUGCCCAAAGUGGAACUUCAUGCCCACUUGAAUGGAUCCAUUAGUUCUAACACCAUGAAGAAAUUAAUAGCCAAGAAGCCAAAUCUUAAAGUCUGUGAUCACAUGACUAUGAUUGACAAAGGGAAGAAAAGAACUUUGGAAGAAUGUUUCCAGAUGUUUCACGUAAUUCAUCAGCUUGCUACUAGCCCUGAAGAUAUUCUAAUGAUCACAAAAGAUGUCAUUAAAGAAUUUGCAGAUGAUGGUGUCAAGUACCUGGAACUGAGGAGUACACCCAGAGAAGAAAACGCCACUGGGAUGACUAAAAAGACUUAUGUGGAAUCCAUACUUGAAGGUAUAAAACAGUCCAAACAAGAAAACUUAGACAUCGAUGUUAGGUAUUUGAUGGCAAUUGACAGACGAGGUGGUCCUUCAGUUGCCAAGGAGACUGUUAAGCUUGCUGAAGAGUUCUUCCUUUCUACUGAGGACACAGUUCUUGGCCUUGACCUCAGUGGAGACCCUACUAUGGGACAAGCAAAAGACUUCUUGGAACCUCUUCUAGAAGCUAAAAAUUCAGGUCUGAAGCUGGCAUUGCAUCUUUCAGAGAUUCCAAAUCAAAAGAAGGAAACACAGAUGUUCCUGGAUCUGCUUCCUGACAGAAUUGGACAUGGGACAUUUCUGAACAACUCCGAGGGAGGGUCCCUGGAGCUGGUGGACUUUGUGAGGCAGCACAAGAUUCCACUGGAACUCUGUUUGACUUCAAACAUCAAAAGUCAGACAGUUCCAUCUUACGGCCAGCAUCACUUUGGAUUCUGGUACAGCAUUGCGCAUCCUUCUGUGAUUUGUACCGAUGAUAAGGGUGUUUUUGCAACGUACCUUUCUCAAGAGUAUCAGCUGGCAGCCGAGACGUUCCAUUUGACCCAGUCUCAGGUGUGGGAUCUGUCUUACGAGUCCAUCAACUACAUCUUUGCUUCUGACAGCACUAGAGCCGAGCUGAGGGAGAAGUGGAAUCACCUGAAGCCUAGGCUGAUGGACUUCUGAGCUGCGACGAGGUGAAAUACUCCUGAGUAGGUGUUGCAACAGAAGUCCUCUUGCUACCCACUCUGUAAGCUGUCCGCUGCUUCCUUUGAAGCAUAACAGUCAAGCGUGUGCACCUAGUCGUCUAGGUAAAUACAGUACAGACUGCCAGGCCAGCCCUGAAGUCUUAAACAUAGCUUACCUCCAGGAACUGGAGUGUUGUGGCUAAGUUUCACGAGUGGUUGUUUUGUUUUGUUUUACAUAGCAGUCCCUCUCCACCAGUGAUUAUGAAACUUCAGGGAAGUGUUAGAAUUACUAGUUUAAGGUAAGGAGAAAGGGAAACCUGGAUGGCUAACGAGACCUCUAAUCCUCCUAGCUUUUGAUAAUAGCUUUAUAUUUUGUCUUGCUUAGUCCAGUCUCUCACUUCACUUGUUUUGUUAUUUCCCAAGACGGUUGGGGACAGGCCACACUGCACAGCGGGUGUGCGUGGACAUCGAGGACUCAGGGUAACUGGUGACAGAUAACGCUGGCUGCCGGACACUGGCUUGGCUCUUCUCUCAGGGGUCUUUAUCUGUACUUGAAAAGGAUAAAAGUCCUUGCUCCAGUUUAGAAAUCAAAGGUAUGAGAGAAGAAAUGGCUGAGGGGUAGGAAAGAUAGGACUUAGAGCUUCCUUAACAACUAAAAAAAAAAAAAAAUCUACUUUUUUUUCUUUUUUUUUUUUUUUUUUUGCCAGUCCUGGGGCUUGGACUCAGGGCCUGAGCACUGUCUCUGGCUUCUUUUG